AUGGUGCCGAUGGCCAGCGGCGGACAAUUCAUCAGCAUUGGUGAGCGGAUACGACUGCCCGACGACGUGACCAUCGGCUAUAUCGUCGAGCACUUGCUGUCCAAACAGCUCACAGUCAUCGAUGGCCUCCACUCCCACUUAGAGGCCAUCAAAUUCCGCGAUCGCAACCAUCUCUUACAACAAAUAUCAUUCAUUAUCUAA